CUCAGAAGCUAGGAGUCGUCUCGACCGCGGGUCUCACAACCACUCGGGGUUUUUAGAACUUCAGCUACAAAAAUGGGCAGAAUUUUCCUCAAUCAUACUGGUGGUAUCCGUCUGUAUUCAUGUGCAAACUGCCAUAUGAUCCUGACCAACCACUCAGAGCUCAUUUCCACGUGGUUCACAGGCGCCACUGGCCGAGCAUUUCUUUUUAACAAGGUAGUUGACCUGCAGGAUAGUGAAGUUCAAGACUGGGUCAUGCUCACUGGCAGCCACAUGGUUCAAGAUGUGAGCUGCAAAAACUACAAUAGCAAACUGGGUUGGAUCUAUGAAUUUGCCACCGAAGAUAGCCAGCGUUAUAAGGAAGGCCAAGUGAUCUUGGAAUGAGCUCUAGUUGGACAGAGUGAGGGGUUUGAGGAGCAUGUACUAUUUGAUAACUCUUGAAGAAAAAGAUACAGCUCCAUCUUUUCCCAGGUCUCCACUGAAAACAAAAAUCGACUUACAUACACUGCCACCUUAGCAUCAGAGUCGGAUUCAUGAACUGUGGAACAAGAAGUUGUGAGAAUCUAAGAUAGAACCUUCCUUCCUUUCUUUCUUAAAGAGUUUCCUAUUUUCCAUCCAACAGAAGUGUGCAGAGAGAAUAUUAUGCAGAUGCUGCUAAUUUUCCCCCCUCUGUUUACAUCUUGAGGCAGGAUA